AUGGAACACAUUUUCGUGGUGGUAUCAUUUCAUGGCAUGCGGCCGUUGAAUAGUACACCAUCGGGUUCUACUGCGGAUAUUCUCAUACAUCAACGAUACUUUUUUGAUCGAAAGGCGAGCUAUUUCGGUGGUCCACCUUAUUGUACGGAGAUAAAUGUAACUGCUCAAACAACUAUUCCAGUCGGUGGUACUUUAGAUUGCUUUUCGAAUUGCACAAGUUCCAAUUAUACUAGCCUUCCAAUCGCUGUAAAAACAACAGAUUGUAAUACACUUCCACUUAUUUCGUCAUGGGGUGGUGAACGUUAUGAUUUAGUGACAUUGCUACUAACAACAUCAAUUUCAAUUGGUUUUAAUGGAAGCGCAUGGUUGAGUGCUCUCUAUGGCGGUGGAAACGCUUGGUCAGUUGUAAAUCGACUGAAUUUAGGUCUGAGGCCUGAUGGUUUUAUCAAUAGUAGUCCAGUGACAACGACACUACCGGUGGUGUUUUAUCCAAUAAACACGCGGAUCACUCAUAUCAUACAAAUGGCCGACAAUGAUGGAACCGAUAUAUUGCAAUGUCGUUGGUCUGAUUCAAAUUCGGGGAGCAACUAUAAUCGAGUCGAUGAAUGUGCAGGUGUUUGUAGUGCAUUGCCAUCCGGAUAUGUAUUAACUGGAUCCAAUUGUACAGUAUCGUUCACACUGCCAACUGCUAAUUUAUACUAUGCAUGUUCUAUUCAAAUCGAAGAUUACUAUAACUCUGCUGCUACAAAUCCAAUGAGUUCUGUUCCGAUUGUAUUCUUAUUCUAUGGAUAUACACCUUCUAGUACUGCAUGUCCACAACGUCCUCAAAUCAUUGGUGUGCGACCAAACCGAGCCUGUAUUGGUGUUCCAAUUGGUGUUCAAUUGAAUGAAACAAUAGUUGUUCAAACAUACUGUCCCGGCCAAGCCAUUGUUGAUUUCGUUACUAGUUCACCACUUGGAAUGCAGCAUAGUGCCAUUGCUAAUCCAAGCGCUAAUACAUGGACAAUGGUGUUGACAUGGACACCGCAAGCAUCACAAGCUGGUCCUCAAGGUUUCUGUGCCGGUGCCGUUGACAAUAGUAGUUUACAAUCAGAUCCCUGGUGUAUAACCUAUUUAGUUGACUAUACAUCACCAAACAUCAUCCGUCCCACAGUUGUCCAAGGAUCUGCAAGUCCAGUCGGCACUGUCUUUGCAAAUCAAUCAAUGUUCUCAAUUGAAGCAACAAGUUUAGUUGGUCGUCCAACUCGCAACAAUACAAACAUCUGUUUUCAUAAUGCUUCAUCAAACGCGUCAGUUCUCUGUUACGACGCUGGAUAUGCACCGAAUGUGAUCUAUACAGGAUAUACCAUUGUUAUUGUUACAAAUUUUACGUGGACACCCGGUGCGUUCUACUACGUAACAAUGGAUAGUGGUUUUGCAAGUGGAAGUGUGUUUUGUCAUGCUGAGUCAGCACCGAUCACAGAUCCAACGUUUUGGGUAUUCAAUAUUUGGAAUCCAGCAGUUUCCAGCACGACCACAACGACGACUACACCCUUCACAACUGCAACAGUAACAACAAAACCAACAUCAACAACCAGUAUCAAUACUCUUUUGACAACAACUGGUAUUGUAGUAACAACAACAACACCCAUUACAACCAAUGGAACAACCACAACUAAUUCACCUCCAACUACAGCUGCUCCAACAACAGUAGGUCCAACGACAUCAGGCGCAACAACUGAAUCUACAGUUGCCGUAAUGUACCCCAAAGAUUUCGAAGACGCUUGCAAACAAACUGUUGCUACGAUGACCGCUGUUUUCUUAGUUACAUUAAUGCCUGUAUACGCUGUGACACUAUAUGCCAUGUUCACUAAAAUCGCAAAUGUGUUGAAUCCAGUCAAUAUCCAAGCAAAAGAUCGACACAAACUACGAAUGAAACGCAUUCUUCGUUAA